AUGGGUUGGAAACAAAUUGGAGGCAAUCUUGGUCGACUGGUAGUUGGUAAAGUCAAUAACAUAUGGGGUGUAAAUUCUGCAAAAAAGGACGCAGUUGUCAAUAAAGAUCACAUCUGGGGUGUCAAUCAUAUAGGUAAGAUCUUUUACCGAACUGGCAGUAAUAUUAAUAAUGGUAGAUGGGUUGAAGUUCCUGAUGGGUUGUCCAAUGUGUCAGUAGCCUCUGAUGGGACCAUUUGGGGCGUUCAAAUUCCUGGAAAGUUCAAGCAAGUUUACACCAGUAGUGAAAAAUUAGUGGUUGGCGUCAAUUAUAAUGAUCGAAUUUUUCAAUAUGUCAAUAAAGGUUGGCAACAAUUUGACAGCAUGCUCAAGAAUGUUGCAAUUUCUAUUGAUGGCAUUGUGUGA